AUGACGAUCACGGCGGUGCCAACGAUAAAGGACGAUUGCCUUAUGGUGAGGGGCAAGGUGGUUUUGACCCGUGUGCCCCCAAACAUUGUGCUUUCUACGGCUGGAACAGGCUCCGUUUUCUUGGGUGCAACUUCAACUGUUCAAAGUUCCCGUCAUGUUUUCACUCUUGGCAUUCUCCAGGGAUAUAAGUUGGUGUCUCUGUUCAGAGUGAAGAUAUGGUGGAUGAUACCACGUGUAGGGAGAUGUGCAUGUGAUAUUCCCAUGGAAACUCAGUUGCUGCUACUGGAAGCAAGAGAAGAGUGUGCCCUUGAGGAUGAAUUUUCUUCUGACUCUGAAGAACCAAAUGCAGAGAACACUUGCUACAUUCUCUUCUUGCCUGUUUUGGAUGGACAGUUUCGCGCAACUUUGCAGGGAACUCCAUCAAAUGAGCUCCAGUUCUGCAUUGAAAGUGGAGACGCCCAUGUCCAAACAUCCCAAUCACUCGAAGCGGUAUUUGUAAAUUCAGGGGAUAAUCCAUUUGAGUUAAUCAAGGAUUCCAUCAAGAUAUUGGAGAAACUCAAAGGAACAUUCUGUCAUCUUGAAAACAAGAAGAUCCCAUCACAUCUUGAUUGGUUUGGAUGGUGCACUUGGGAUGCUUUUUACACUGAAGUGAGUCCACAAGGAAUAAGAGUUCUCUCAAAUGGAGGUUGUUCACCAAAGUUCAUCAUCAUUGAUGAUGGAUGGCAAGAGACACUCAAUGAGUUUCACAAAGAUGGUGAACCAAUAAUUGAAGGAACUCAAUUCGCAACCAGACUGGUAGACAUUAAAGAAAACAAAAAGUUCACUAAUGCAGGCUCUGGACAUUCUUGCAACAAUCUCCGCGAUUUUGUUGACUCUAUCAAACAGAAUUUGAGUGUAAAAUAUGUUUACAUGUGGCAUGCUUUAGCUGGUUAUUGGGGAGGAGUACUCCCCUCAUCAGAUGCAAUGAAGAAAUAUAAUCCAAAGCUUGUAUAUCCAAUUCAAUCACCUAGCACUACAGGGAACCUUAGAGAUAUAGCCAUGGACAGCUUGGAAAAAUAUGGAGUGGGAAUCAUAGACCCACAAAAGCUCUACGACUUUUACAAUGACUAUCACAGUUAUCUUGCUAGCUGUGGCAUUGAUGGAGUUAAAGUAGAUGUCCAAAAUUUAAUAGAAACCUUAGGUUCUGGGUAUGGUGGACGUGUUUCAUUGACCAAGCGGUAUCAAGAAGCAUUAGAGCAAUCUGUAGCAAGGAACUUUACGGACAACAAUCUCAUUUGCUGCAUGUCCCACAACUCUGAUUCAAUUUACAGCUCAAAGAAGAGUGCAGUAGCAAGAGCAUCUGAGGACUUCAUGCCAAGAGAACCAACAUUUCAAACCCUACACAUUGCCUCUGUAGCUUUUAAUAGUCUUCUUCUGGGGGAGAUAUUUGUGCCAGACUGGGACAUGUUCCAUAGCAAGCAUGAGACAGCUGAGUUCCAUGCUGCAGCAAGAGCAAUAGGUGGUUGUGCAGUAUAUGUUAGUGAUAAGCCUGGGAAUCAUGAUUUUAAAAUCCUCAAGAAGCUAGUGCUAUCUGAUGGAUCAGUAUUGAGAGCAAGAUAUGCUGGCCGUCCUACUCGAGAUUGUUUAUUUAAAGACCCCGUGAUGGAUGGUAAAAGUCUGCUGAAAAUUUGGAACAUGAAUAUUCUAACUGGGGUCAUAGGCGUCUUCAAUUGCCAAGGAGCAGGAAGCUGGCCAUUGAAAUCAUUGAAAUCUGCACCCUCUCACAUCACCAUUUCAGGGAAAGUGAGACCCCUUGAUGUAGAAUUUCUUCAAGAGGUUGCAGGAGAAAACUGGAAUGGAGAUUGCGUAGUAUAUGCCUUCAAUGCAGGCUUGCUUUCUAAAUUGUCAAGCAGAGGGAAACUAGAAGUGUCCCUGGAGACUCUCCAAUGUGAAAUAUAUACCGUGUCUCCAAUCAGAGUGUUUGGUCACGAUGUGCAAUUUGCACCAAUAGGAUUGCUUGACAUGUACAAUUCAGGAGGAGCUGUAGAAGCUCUGGACUGCACCAUGGAUGUUUCACAGUGCAUAAUAAAAACCAAAGGCAGAGGAUGUGGUCGUUUUGGUGUGUACUCCAACGUUAGACCCAAACGUUGCGUUGUGGACAUGAAGGAGGAGGAGUUCUCCUACAACCUUGAAGAUGGACUGUUAACAAUUAAACUUGGUAGUGGAGACAAUUCAAGGGACGUGGAACUUGUAUACUGA